AUGUCUGGUAGAAAAGGAUCCAUUGAGCUAUGCAAUGGUACAAAGGAAGUUGAGGGUAAUAUUGCAUACAUGUGCAGCAAGGCAGCUGUGAAUCAACUCACCCGUACAGUCUCCGUGGAAUAUCCGUCUAUGCUUGUUGUGUCGAUGUGUCCUGGAUGGAAUCGAACAGAUAUUGGAGGACCAAAAGGUUUGAAAGAUCCCUCUGAGACGGCUCCACAGCUCCUAAAUACAGUGAAUGGUAUGGUUAUCUCUGAACAUUCCGGAAAAUUUUGGGACCGAAAAGGGAGACCUAUCCCUUACUAA